UAGAAGAAUAGAACAGUUUCAUUGCAGCACUUAACAAACUAGCUGCAGUGAAAACAGGACGUGGCGCUCCUCUGUUUGGAAAAGUGACGUCUCGUGCGCUCGUAGACGAGGAGCAUCGUGACGUUUCAUGUACACGUCGCUCAGGAUGUGCUUUGCAAAGAUGGCGGCCAAGUGUCAGCCUUAACGUCCUGCACAGCUGAAAGAAUAACACGCUGUAUCAUACACACCGAGUUUGUGGCUUAACAGCAAAGCUAAAAAUCAAAGCAGGGAUACUCUGCUGUCUUGAGCUCUGGAGUCCUGUGUCAGUUAGAAGAGAUGCAACCCCCUCCUCGUACUGUGCCUCCUGGAGCAUGUGGUACACCACCACCACCUACCUCUGGUGGUUCAAAUGCUUUCAGGAGAAAUCGACCACACAAGCAUGGAGCACUGGCACCCAAUGCAACAUCAACUCCACCUCCACAGCCACUGACUGACCCUUUUGCCUUUGGGAGGCAAGGCUCUUCCUCUGCAACAGUAAGCAACCAGACUCCUUCACUAAACAGUAGUCCUCUUCCUAUGCAAGCCCCUCUCGGAGCAGGUUUUAACCAGACUGGUCCACCUCAAGGCCAACCAUCAGGGGCACAAGUGCCAAUCGCUGGUCCUGUUCACACCUUUUUCACCCAUCAUGCUGGCCCUUCAGGAUCUCCACUGGGAUUCUCCACUUCUGCUGAACCUGGGUAUUUCAGCUCCCAAGAACCAAUGCCAUACAUCGCACAGUUGCCUAACUCUGUCCCUCCUUUCACUUCUAGCACAGUGCAUGCUUCCACUGCAGCCUUGACCCCGUCAGUUCAAAGUACACCUUCAUUUCAGCCCACGCCUCCUGCUCCAUCUCAUUCCGGAACUGAUCAUGGCAGUCGUCCUCCUUCUGUUCAGAACUACUUUCAGCCAACCAGUGAUAUACCACAGCCAUUUCAUGCACACCCCCAGACACAGGCUCCCCCACCUGCCCCCUUGCCCCAACCUGGCCCAUUUCAGUCACACACUCUGAAUCAUAGUCAGUCAGCCCUACCGAAUAUGGGUGAGCCAGCAAUUUCCCAGCAACAAAACGCUCUCUUUUCUGCCCAGAGUUAUUUAAGCCAGACUGGUGGUGCCUCAGAGGCAUGGUAUAGUCAGGUUCCACAGGAUCCCUUGCAGCGUACCUGUCCUCUUCCAUAUACAGUUCCAUCUGCUGACCAUGGAACACUGUCCAUGUUCUUUCAUGGCAAUGAUGUAGAAAAUGAAGAAACCCUUUCUGGGGAGGGCCAGGUCAAUGGGGUCUCUCACCCUCCCCAAGUCAGGGAAGCAAAUGAAAACAUUAAUCCCUGUUUGAAUGAAACUGGGAAUGUCAACGUGACUACAGGUCCAUGUGACUCAGUUGAGAAUCUGGAAUGUGUUCCAAAUCUGGAAGUUUUGCCUAAUGAACCACCAUCAAGCCAUGCUUAUGAGGCAGGGCCUAACUUGGAAACACCUGACACUGGCUCUCGUCCUGCAAGAUCAGCAAGUGUUUCAUCCAGCUAUAGCAAUGUCAGUCACAGUAGUGGCCAUACCCCCCACAGUAGCAGCCACCCUCCUCGACGAUAUCAGGGAGUUGUUGGGACGUUUAUCCAACAAGAAAGCCCCCGGCCCCCUGAUACACCAGCAUCCCAGCCUUCUGCUGGUGGUUACUUUGAACAGAUAGAUUCUGCUCCUGCUCCAGAGCAAAGUCCAACCUUCCCGACACCCAGCCCUCCUAAACCAGUCGGGGUCUUCCAGGCCAGUGCUAACUCUUCAUUUGAGCCUGUGCGAUCACACAGUGUAGGGGUUAGACCUGCUGAAGUUGACCGUGCUAGAAUGGUAAAGGAAAAAGGUGUAGUUGAUAUCUUGCCUGGCAACUUAGAGCAGCCUCCAGACAAUAUGGAGACAAUCUACUUUCCCGGUGGACAGGAUCGCAGGCCUUCGUCUCGAGCUCAGGGGUUGCGACGACCCUGUGAAAGUCCAGCCACAACCCUUUGGGCUCAAAGUGAUGCAGCUAGUCUUGGUGCUAAUAUUCUUUUGGCACCUGCUGCACCUUCUCUUGCUACUACUAUGGCUUCAUCAGCUAAGCCCAGUACUGAGAUUAUCCAGCCACCAGAAGAUGGGCCCCUGGAUCUGCAGCCUCCUCUGACACAUACACAGCCUCACUCUGAGAACCUUGAGAAUCCACCUGAUUCAGCUCCUCAGGCAAGUUUGGGAUAUGCUUCUUUGCUAGUGUCCACGCCUCCCACAGAGCCUCUCAACCAGCUUGUUUUGAUUGCCACACCUUCGUCCAAUUAUACAGUGAUUUCUCCUCAAUUACCUGUUCCAACAACCAGUCAAAUGAGUCCCAAGGAUUCUAAUGUACCUGUUCAAUCACCGUCUCAAGCACAAGUGGCUAGUCAGUUGCCACAGUGUUCUCAUUCCGCCAAUCUUCUACCUCCUCUCUUCUCUCAAACACCAAUCGGCUUUCACCCACCUUCAAACCAAAGUCCAUUAAAUCAGGCACGAGAAGUUCAAGAUGCUUCACUUCCUGUCCAACCAGCCCAGUCUACUAUUUUGAAGGCCCAAUCACCAGGAAGCCAAUCACUUCCAUCUUCUAAUUCACAAAUUCCUUCUUCUGUUUCUGUGAUCAGUCAAAAUCAUCGCUCAAAUUAUGAACUUCUUGAUUUUUCUAUGCACCAAACACAGAGCACAAAUCAGGCCCCUUCUCAUACAGCUCCUACCCCUGGCCCAGUAAAUAAUGCAGCUGGCUUUUACUUGCAGGUCACGAAAGAUUCGCAGCAAGGGACACGAGCUGAUAAUGAGCCUCCUCUUCAGCAACCAACCCCAAAUCCCCCUAGAGUUCAGAGUAAUCAGUCUAGUACUGCCCCCUCUAAUCCCUCCAAUCCAGCUAAUCCGGCAUCACAAUACCAACCUCCCCCACAGGCUACACCUGUUUCUCAAGCCACCACAUUCUCCACAUAUCCUCCUCAAUCUGGAAAUUCUGCUGGUACCCAUGAGCCCCAGCGCCCCCCAUCUAUACAUGGCGGUCAUCAGGGUUACGGUGUCCCACCUCCAGUGCCUCCUGAGCCUGGUCUUGGCAGCUACUAUGCAGAGUACCAGGAUGGAAGGCAUCCUUUCCCACAAUCAUACCCACACAUGGACCCAAGGGCUCAGAGCUACUACCAGGAUGACCCAUAUCGAAGGGGAGAUCUCCGGUAUAAUCGGUACAAUGGACCAAACCCUGGGUACCGGGAAGCUGACCGACAGCCAGAGAGGCCAAGUUCUAGGACCAGUCAGUACUCUGACCAACCCAGCUCCAGGGAGGGGUAUGCUGAGGAUUACCCCAGGCCUAACCGCAGUGCCUAUGAAGACUACUAUGCAAAUUACUAUAAGUAUAUGGAUCAGAACAGGUGGUAUGACCCUAAUGCUCUUUAUGAUCCUCGUUAUCGAAGUUACUAUGAGCAGGCCUAUGGAUGGUAUAAUUAUGACGCUGAGGCCUACAGAAGAGCUGACCCUUACUUUGGCCAACAGUAUUCCAACAGGCGUGAAGGCUAUGAUGACCCAUGGCGUUACUAUCCCGGAUAUGAUUCAAGUUUUGAUGAUGACUGCCGUCCACGAGAAACGUAUGGAGAUGAGUUGGAGCGUCGUUCUGUUCACAGUGACAGAUCAACACACAGCCGCCGGAGCAGCUUCAGCUCCCGCUCACAGCAGAGUCAGGUGUACAGGAGUCAGACGGAUCUCGUUGCUGCAGGUUAUGAAGCUACAACAACCACACUGCCUGUAGAUUAUUCGUAUGGCCAGUUCCCAGACCAGUCAAACACCCUGAAUUACAGCCAGUAUGAUGCCACAAACUCCACAUGGGCUGCCCCUGAACAGGCUCCUCCGAGGCCGUUGACACCGGAGAAGUACUCAGUUCCUCACUGCUGUGCAAGGUUUGGACCAGCAGGUCAGCUGAUCUUAGUUCAGCCCAACCUGCCCUCAGCUGGGCAGCCUGCCCUUGUUGAGGUUCAUAGCAUGGAGACAAUGAUGCAGGAUUUUUCAGAGCAGGCCGAGUUACGAGCCUUCCCAGGACCACUUGUCAAGGAGGAAACCCAUAAGGUUGACGUUAUAAAGUUUGCCCAAAACAAAGCUCAGGAGUGCAUGCGAAAUGAUGACCUCAUCGAUAAGGACUCUGCCUUUCUGAUCUGGGAGUUCAUCGUAUUGCUGUGUCGUCAGAAUGGGACUGUAGUUGGCACAGACAUUGCUGAUCUCUUGCUGAAGGAACAUCGUUCUGUCUGGUUGCCAGGAAAAUCGCCUAAUGAGACGAACCUCAUUGAUUUCAACAAUGAGGCAAUAGAACGGCCAGAGGAGGAGGGGUCAGGGCCACUCUCACUCUUGUCCGACACGUUUAUGGGUGUGGCUGAAAAUGUUGGAAAGGAGACUGAACGCUUCCGAGAGCUCCUGCUCUUUGGGCGGAAAAAGGAUGCUCUGGAGUCCGCUAUGAAGAACGGACUUUGGGGCCAUGCCCUACUAUUGGCCAGUAAGAUGGACAAUAGAACACAUGCAAGAGUCAUGACCAGGUUUGCCAACAGUCUUCCAAUUAAUGAUCCACUGCAGACAGUCUACCAGCUCAUGUCAGGAAGGAUGCCUGCUUCUGCCACGUGUUGUGGGGAUGAGAAGUGGGGUGACUGGCGUCCUCACCUGGCCAUGGUUCUUUCCAACCUCACACAUGCACUUGACCUGGACACACGCACCAUCACGACCAUGGGAGAUACGCUGGCUUCUAAAGGUCUGCUUGAUGCUGCUCAUUUCUGUUACUUGAUGGCUCAAGUGGGUUUUGGUGUCUUUACCAAGAAAAGCACCAAGAUAGUCCUCAUUGGCUCCAACCACAGUCUUUCAUUUGUGAGGUUCUGUACUAUAGAAGCGAUCCAGAGGACAGAAGCGUAUGAGUAUGCACAGUCACUUGGUUCCCAGCCUAUUUCACUGCCCAACUUCCAGGUGUUUAAGUUCAUCUACGCUUGCCAUCUGGCUGAAAUGGGGCUUUGUGCCCAAGCAUUUCACUAUUGUGAGGUCAUUUCCCGUGCGCUUCUGGCCUUGCCCAACUACCACUCGCCUGCUUUCAUCAAUCAGCUUAUACAGAUGUCUGAGCGAUUGAGAUUUUUUGACCCCCAGUUAAAGGAGAAGCCAGAGCAAGAGCUCUUCCAAGAACCUGACUGGCUACUGCAGCUAAGGAAACUCAGCAACCAGAUCAGGGAUGGCGUGAUAACAUUACGGACAGAUCGGAGUACUCCCCAGCCAUCUGCCUGCACUACACCAAACUCUGAGGGACAAGCAAGUCGUGCUGAAGCUCCAUCUUUUAUUUCUGACCCCCUUAACCCCCUCAUGACAAGUCUUAUGCCCCAGCCUGGCCCAUCCACCCCAGGGGUUCAGCUCAUGCCACCAGCUCCAGUAACUAUUUUGCAAGAUGGGACAGCUUCUCUGCACCACGGCCCUCUCCAUAUCGAGGGUGUCCCGUUUAACCCAACAGCCCCUGCUCCACCCCAGCCUGGCUUCAUCCCUCAAUAUCAGGCUGAGGACCAGUCAUAUCAAUCUGUGCCAGCCCAGAGUCCCACUCUUCAGCCACCUGGCAUGCCUCCACAAAUACCCUUCUACACACCAAUGGAAAUGCCUCCUCAGACAUCCCCCCAGAUGCCCCCCCAGAUGCCCCCCCAGAUGCCUCCCCAGAUGCCUCCCCAGAUGCCUCCCCAGAUGCCUCCCCAGAUGCCUCCUCAGAAUUCCCUCCACAUGCAUCCCCAUAUGCCCCCCCACAUGCCCCCCCACAUUCCACAACAGAUUCAUGGUGUAGAAUCUACACCUACUCCUCCAUCUCCACAGUCUCCAUCUUCUCAUGCUCUACCUCCCCAGAUGGACUUCUAUGACAACAUGGCACAGAUGAGUACAGGAAGAAGAUCCCGAACCACAUCGCAGUCUUCAGUGCACAGGAUCUCUGGACGUCGUUCUCGCACUACGUCGGAGUCGUCCACUCAUUCGACAGGACGGGAGCGCAGCAACUCUUUAGCAAAUCAGAGCUCUCCUCCUCCUCCACCCAUACCAGAGGCUCCUAUCCAGGAAGUGCCUAAGAAAACCAAGAAAGACUCUCCCAAAAAGGGAGGAGGUGGAGGCAUCUUGAGCUGGUUAUACCGAAGGGCCAAGAAUGAAGUUCAUCUUCCAGAUGACAACAAUAAAUCUAUUGUGUGGGAUGAAAGGAGACAGAGAUGGGUGAAUCAGGAUGAAGGUGAAGAGGAGGUCAAACCCGUUGCCCCUCCUCCCAAAACGUUUCCAAAAGCUCCAAUGGGCAACAUGGGGGUCGGACCUGGAAUGGGUGGAGCACCAACUGGACCACCUGCAGGGCCGCCUAUUAAUGUGUUCUCCAGGAAAGCAGGCACUAAGGCUCGGUACGUGGACGUGUUGAAUCCAGGCCGACGAAAUUCCAACCCUACCCCUGCUGUUGCUCCUGUUCUGUGCGCUCCUCUUGCACCCAUGGCCAUGCCAGCAAACCUCUUUGUUCCUUCUGCAGCACCUGAUGACCAGCAUCCAGUGGAGGGAAGUGUUCCAGACAGCAAUGGAAACACAGAACACAUUCAGCCAAACACAGCAGUUCCACAGAUGUUUAAUCCAACUCUCUUGCCCUCGGGUCCUGACGGCGCUCAAUCAGGAGAGCUCUCACGUUCUAGCUCAAUGAGUUCUCUAUCACGAGAAGUGAGUCGACAUUUAAAUCAGGUCCCUACAGAAAUACCUGGCCAGGGAGCUCCACCCCCAGGGAGCGUGACGUUCUAUAACCCCUCCCAGUUUGCACAGUCUGUGCCUGCAGCUCGUGCCCGUCCAGGCCGGUUGGGGCAGCGCGAAUACCCAACACUGAAAUAACUCUACAGAGCUGUGUGUACAGAUCAAUCUGUGUUUGUACAUCUCAUCUGACUGAAUUCAUCAAGAUUUGGACAAGUACUAGAAUCAGGCCUCCCAGUCUUCAUCAUCUUCAUCAUUAUUUUAUUUUUCCUUGCGUAGCAUACACCCUAAAAAAAAAAGCUGUGGAUUCUUUGUCUGUGUCUUUUUACUUGAUUUUCUGUCAGGAUUUGUUCCUUUUGUCCUGUGUUUUGACUGGAUUGCUCCUGUCAGUAUGAUCUUUAAGUGCAAUAAUUUUGAUCAGCUUUCAGUUAGACCUUCCUAACUAACUGCAAUUCAUGUGUGUUUGUGUAACCGUGUGCGCAUGUGUGUGUGAUAUAGAGACAGGAGUGCCAUUGAGAUGCAGACAGUGUUGGGUGUGUUCAACCUGCCCGUUUUCAUCAGCAAGGGUUAAAAGAUUUUAGAUAUUUAUUAAGGCUUUCUGGCGGAACGAGAUGCAUGAUCCUUUUUUUUUUUUUUUUUUUAAUCCUCACAAAUCCAACAUCUGUAUAUCCGAAUGAAUAUUUAUGAGCUGUAGUCUGUCCCUGCUCUCCUGAUUCAACUUUUGAUUUGCAAAAGUUACAUAGAUUUGUGAUUUAUAUGAAUUUUGCCAUAUUUGACUGCGUAGAAUACUCAGUCAUGUUUUUUUCAUUACUGAUUCUUUCUUAAUCCUUUCUCAUAAAUCGUUCCUAGUCUCGUUCUGUUGGCCACUGGGAGAGAGGGAUUGUUUUUCUAAUUCCAAAGGAUUCACAACCCCUGUGAAGAAAGCCUGGACUUUUCCAAUAUGUUUCAAAUUCACUGUAAAAUUACUCAAAAGGAAAAAAGUGAUGAAAAUAAACAUAUUUUUGAGCUCUUUAGCACA